UUUACAGUGGCAUUUUCUAAAGUGACAAAGAGAGGUUGUGAGAAAAUAGAAAGUUUAGACAGAAGUGGGAACUCUGUGGAAGAAACUAUUAUUGCUGUGGGAGAGCAUGCUGAUCAAUUUGCAUGUUUUUAUGUUCUGUACCAAAAAGUUCAGCAAUAUUGUUUUUGCGACCGUUUUGGCAUCGAACCUUUUGGUUGCGUCCGCGAGAAAACCGUCUCCAUUUCAGAGGCUCUUCCGAUUUCCAUUUUUCACGACACGCUCUCAUCAAUCCUCCAAAAGUUUGGCGGCUCCAACAUUUCCGACGCGACAGCUGAGCCGAAGCUCCGAGGAGAGCACAUCGAUACAACCGUCGAUCAAAUCGUCCUCGCAGACCGGAUCAGGAUCGGACACGGACGCCUUGGACGUGUGGCACGAUUAUCCGAACCGGUUCAGAGAGUUUCAAGCGUUAGAAGACAUCAAACUCGAGGAGGGUGAGGUCCUUUUCACCGAACACUCGGGGUCGACACUCGUGGCCGUCUCGAAAACCCAGCUCGCCCAGAUUCUCGUCGGGAACAGGUCUUGGACAUGGACUGCCAUCACAACACGCGAGAAGAAGAGAGGGAAUUAUCUAACGGCCCGCUUCGAGGAUAUACCCGACACUGCAGACUGGACCCGGAAGAAGAGGGCAGCACUGAUGAGAAAAUUCAUGAACAAGAGAUUACCGUACAGCUACGAAAAUUGCAAUGAGAAACACUACAUGAAGUACAUCCUUCGCGGCACCACGCACAUGUCAUCGUACUCUAAAUGCCCCCUUGGGCGGGAUCUGUCAAUGAUUCCGGCAAAGGAUAUAGAGAGUGAGGACUUCGUGCUACAGAACAGUAAAGGGAAGCCAGUGGCCCUUAAAUUCGAGGACUUUAUACAAUUUUCGGAGCGAUACAGUAGCGGAACAACUGUAAAACGCAUACGGAAAAAAAAUAAUGAUUUCAAACCCAAGCGGCGUUGGUGGAACUUUUUAAAGUGGUAAUUUUGGGUGACAAUUAAAUAGCAGGUUAAAAUAAGCACGGUGAAAGAGCUUAAAUUGAUUAAUUUCAAAGUGUAGGGCAAAUCAUCUCAAUUCUAGAGAUGACUUUUAGGAACAGUAAGUCCAAUCAUUCAGAUACUUUCCUUCAUUACAUGUAAGUACUCAGACUUGCCAUUUAGAAUUAUUCAUUUUACUAUUUCUCACGAGUAAAAUUAAUCAUUUGAAAAGGCGAAUUUAACGUAAUAAAGAGUAGAAAUUUGGAUAAAUUAUUGUAAAAAGUUGAUUAAUUGAUAAGUCGUAAAGGCAAAAUCAGGCUUUUUACAUUUUUA